AUGGCAAACAAUCCAGGAAAUGACAAAAUUGAAGCCAGAAGUACUCCUCAGUCUGGGAGGGUUUCUGACUUGGAGCAGCAGGUGUGGAUCUUUCGUGGUCAGGGCCUUGUGGUGGUUCCGUGGAGUAACAACAUAGCCCCAGUCACCAUCACGGUCCUCCCAUGCAAGUAUCCAGAGUCUCUGGAGCAAGGCAAAGGGGUUCCCAUUUACAUGGGAAUCCAGAAUCCAGACAAAUGCCUGUUUUGUGAGGAAGUUGAUGGACAGCCCACUUUGCAGCUCAAGGAGGAGGAGAUUUUGGAUUUGUACAACCAUCCUGAGCCCAAGAAGCCCUUCCUGUUUUACCAUACCCAGACAGGCAGAACGUCCACCUUUGAGUCUGUGGCUUUCCCUGGUAGCUUCAUUGCAUCCUCCAAGAGUGGCGAGCCCAUCUUCCUCACGUCAGAACAGGGGAAAUACUACAACAUUAACUUCAGUUUAGAUAUAGGGCCUUGA